AUGGCCGCGAGGGCCGGAGCCGUCAAGGAGCAUGUCCCUGCCGGGUCGCUGCUGCUGGCAGUUCACGAUUUCGUGGCUAGGAGCACGGAUGAGUUGAGCUUGGCCAAGGGCGACAGGAUCGAGCUGGUGGAGCGGGACGAUGAUUUUGGCGACGGAUGGUUUCUAGGACGGCAUAUGGCGAAUGGGAAGACAGGACUGUUUCCUGAGGUGUAUACGACUCCGGCGCCGAAGGGAAUGGCUGCGAAUGCGCCGCAGCGACGGAGAAGCGACGGACCGCCGAAGACACCACAAGACGGCAAUGCGACGGGGAUGACCGGGUCUCUACAGCAUUUGCCAACGACGAAUGCACAGCGACCGGCGAGUGCGUCAAGCUCUCAGCCGAACGCGGCAUCUCCAAUGGCCCUCCGGACAUCCACUUCGUCCUUGGGAACUCCAACGAUGAAGAAUCUCAAUUCGAUGAGUGUCGACUCGCCAGUCAUGAACGAGACUCUAUCGGUAAUAGACGAACACAUGAACGACAUGAAUGUGCCUCGAAUGCCGUUCACGAACGGCGCGAGCAGCAACACUGGCAGUACCUCGGCAGCUCCUCAGCCUUUGGCUCGUUUCUCGUACAUUGCUGGACAUGAGACGGAUGAAGAGGAGCAUGAGACGCACACCGAAGAGGAAGUGAUGGCGUGGUCGCCUGGGAGAGUGGCCGAGUAUCUCGAGGAUCAUGGAGUGGAGAGGGCGCAUUGUGAAGUCUUCAAGGAGCAAGAGAUCAGUGGCGAGGUGCUACUUGCGAUGGAGCAGAGCAGCAUCUUCUUGAAAGAAUUUGAUCUGGGUCCAGUUGGACGGAGACUGAAGACGUGGCACAAGGUCAGAGCCCUGCAAGAUGAGGUGCGGAUUGGCGGCCCUGCAAAAGUGGCUAGAAGCAAUUCCGAGUACUCGAACGUCGGCGACGAAACUAGCAACGACACGACUAGAAAUCGUGCCUCAACUAUGGGAUCGAUCCUUCCGCGUGCGCUGGACCCGGCCGCUCGGCAGAGCAUCGCUGCUCCUCAGCGAAGCAGCACCCUGCAGUCAAUGUCUUCAAAUUCAGGCGGCACUCAGGCGCCGAACCGCACCGAUGGAAUGUCACCUCUGCAGAGCAUGACCUCAUUCUCGCGACCCGAGAACACCUAUCGACCGUCCGCACAGAUCAUUAGAGAGAUGCAACAUUCACGACGACACUCCAGCAUCGACUCGACGAGCGCUUCCGUGGAUGGUGGAACGCGACACCGGAAACAGCCUUCACUGGAUACAAAGUGGCAACUCGGUCAGCCACAAACCAACGGCACUUCAGCCGGCCAUUCACACACACUGAGCGCAGAUACAGCAGCACCAAAACGGCAGUCAAGCUUCUUGACAACCACACCUGACGAUCUCGAUCGUGGGUACUUCUCAUCAACCGAUGCUGAUUCCAGAUCUGGCAAGAAGAACGUGCUCACAAAAAGGAAUCCACCCGCCGCCCCUUCCACGCACUCAAGACAAAGCAGCUCUGCUACUCAAUCGAAACGGCGGAGUCUAAACAUUCGUUCUGGCUCGAUGGGUGCCAGCAGUCCUGCGACUGGAAGCUUCUACGGCUCAACGUCAGGUGUUUUCGGAGGGUUAAGCUCCGUUGGCAACACGUACGACAGCAUGCGAUCUGUGACAGCACCUACCCCACAGGCGAAGCAGACACGGACUGCACAAGAAGCUCUAAGCCCUGUUGUGACGAAGUUGGAUUACGGCGAUCAGUCGCUGGACAGCUCGAUGAGCCAAGCGAUGCGCAACGAUUCAGCCAACAAGAGUUCCAGCAGUCCCUCCAGUAACAAGUUUGCGUUCUUUUCGAGCAACAAGCCAAAGAUCACCGGCCUGAGGACGAUCAGCGAUGCGAUCACCAGGAAUGAGAAGAUAACGGCCUCACCUACCAAAGAGGGUGCGCCUUUCUCUUCGAGGACAGGAUCUACCACACCCAGCACCGAGACACAGAGUCUGGAGUUGCAGAAGUCGGAAGCUCAAUCACGAACCUCAAACGGCUCAGCAACGAAUCUCGUACCGCCACCAGCACGCCAGAAGCGGAUGAAGCCCAAGACGAAGAAGUCCACAUCAGCCUACACCCGCGGCCUCGAGAAGAAAACACCCGCCGAACAAAUGAGCAGUUGCGACUACUCCGGCUGGAUGAAGAAGAAGAGCGGCUCACUCAUGACGACCUGGAAGCCUCGCCUGUUCAUCCUCAAAGGCCGCCGACUGUCUUACUACUACUCCGACACCGACACCGAAGAGAAAGGCCUCAUCGACAUCUCCUUCCACCGUGUCUUACCCGCGCAUAACGAAACUCUCACCGGUCUGCACGCCACCAUGACCGGCGUCGCCACUCCCACGAGCCCGAAAGACAGCACCGCAUCGACAACGUCGCAGCAAGACCUCAAACACCACCCUCCUCCCGCAGGCGACGAGGGCAUCUUCAUCUUCAAGCUCGUGCCGCCUAAAUCCGGGCUUUCGAAAGGCGUCAACUUCACUCGCCCCACCGUGCACUACUUCGCCGUCAACUCCCGACAAGAAGGCCGGCUGUGGAUGGCUGCGCUGAUGAAAGCGACCAUCGAUCGGGACGACGAAGGCAUGGUGACGACGACGUACAACCAGAAGACCAUCAGUCUAGCGAAAGCGCGGGCGAGGCGAGAAAGGCCUCCUGCGCUGCGGGAAGAGGAUGAUCUAGACGAGAGCGCGGAGCUGGAAGGUGACGAUGAAGCCAGCGGCCGCGGUCUCGGCAUCGGCGGGCUGGACGAGAAGAACGAUGCGUUACCUGGUGCUGAGGAGGAGAGCUCGUACGCUCCAAGCACGGUUGGGGGUGGGGAGGGCAGCAGCCCGCAUUGGAACGAGAAGGAGGUGGUGAGCUAA